UUCACGAAACAACAGCACAGUUUGUUGAGUAGCACAGCCCAGUUGAGAGCGCGUAGGAAUUUCUCCAGUUUAUACAAGUGAACUAGAACAACAAAAAAAAAAAAACAUGUCCAAAAUCGGUAUUAAUGGAUUCGGUCGCAUUGGUCGCCUCGUCUUGAGGGCUGCCAUUGAUAAGGGCGCCCAAGUUGUGGCUGUCAACGAUCCCUUCAUCGAUGUGGAAUACAUGGUUUACUUGUUUAAAUUCGAUUCGACCCACGGUCGUUUCAAGGGUACCGUUGCUGCCGAAGGUGGCAAAUUGGUUGUUAACGGUCAAGCCAUCACCGUUUUCAGCGAACGCGACCCCGCUAACAUUAACUGGGCCAGCGCUGGAGCCGAAUAUGUUGUGGAAUCCACUGGCGUCUUCACCACCAUCGACAAGGCCUCCGCCCAUUUCAAGGGUGGUGCCAAGAAGGUUGUCAUCUCUGCUCCAUCUGCCGAUGCCCCCAUGUUUGUAUGCGGUGUCAACUUGGAUGCCUACAAACCAGACAUGAAAGUGGUCUCCAACGCCUCCUGCACCACCAACUGCUUGGCUCCCUUGGCCAAGGUUAUCCACGACAACUGGGAAAUUGUUGAGGGUCUCAUGACCACUGUGCAUGCCACUACUGCCACACAAAAGACCGUUGACGGACCCUCUGGCAAAUUGUGGCGUGAUGGUCGUGGUGCUGCCCAAAAUAUCAUUCCUGCCUCCACCGGUGCCGCCAAAGCUGUCGGCAAAGUAAUUCCUGCCUUGAAUGGCAAACUCACUGGCAUGGCUUUCCGUGUGCCCACCCCCAAUGUGUCGGUUGUCGAUUUGACUGUCCGCCUUGGCAAGCCAGCCAACUAUGAAGCCAUCAAAGCCAAGGUUUUGGAAGCUUCCAACGGUCCCAUGAAGGGUAUCUUGGGCUACACCGAUGAGGAAGUAGUCUCCACCGACUUCGUCAGCGAUACCCACUCCUCUGUGUUCGACGCCAAGGCUGGCAUCUCCCUCAACGAUCAAUUUGUCAAGUUGAUCUCCUGGUACGACAACGAAUUCGGUUACUCCAACCGUGUCAUCGACUUGAUCAAAUACAUGCAAUCCAAGGAUUAAAUUUUCCACCACAGAGGGGAGAGAAGUUUCGAGAAAGAUGAUAAAGUUACAUUUUAAGCAAAACAACAAGAAACCCAUACAUGCUACAGCAAAAAUUUAGAUUUUACGCCCAAAUUAAAAAAAGUUUACAUGAGAUGAAAAAGACGCACAUUAUCAGACAGGAGCUGAAAGCGCAUUUACUCGAAGAAUGAAUAAAUAUUCUUUUGAAAAUUUGUUUUUGAUACAAGUGGAAUAUAGCCUAAUGGCUACAGCUACUCUCUACAAAUAUCUUGCAAACGAACAACAACCACAACCACCUCCUGAACCAUCAUCAGCAACA